AUGAAAUCUCGCCCUGAAGUCAAGCUUGCCCCUUUCUGUAGAUAUCGCCCAUUGGCCAGCUUGGUCUGUGAUCCCCACAAGAAGUCCUGGGAAAUUCUCCACGGAGAAUUGACUUUCAACGUCACCACAACAUCCGUCCGUUCCAUGACCACCAGCAUGAAGAGCAGUCGGCAGGUUCCAUUAUCUAGACGUGCAUGCGACGCCUGUAAGCGUAGGAAGAUCAAGUGUGACGGAGCAUUACCCUCAUGUGCUUUCUGUCGAAUAUCUGCUCUUCAAUGUACUUUCGAGAUCGCACCUAAGAAGAGGGGUCGGAAGCCUGCAGACACCUCGACAAGUUCCCCUGCUUCUCAGCUUGAGCCUCCUGAACCCGCGGCUCCUCCCCGCCUUGCCCAAGCAUUAGACAAGCUUCGAGUUUCCUACCUGUUAGAGCCUGGGAUCGAAGCUCCUAUUCAAGACUCUGAUUCUUUGUCCCAUUGUUUUAUCAAGAUCAAGCAGGCAAGAGAGAUCAAAUCGGCCUUGUUAACAAAGUUACAAGCAUUGGUCCCAUCCACCACUCCCUUAAACAUCGUUGACAAGUGCAUCCGUCUCUUCACUCAGUACCAAUUCCCUGCAGCUCCAAUCUGCCAUGAGCCGUCUCUGUGGCAGAGUGCAAACCAGUUUUUCAAAAAUCCUCGGCCAGAAGCUGCCGCUGAACAAGAUACGCUCACGUCAUUACGGGCAUAUACACUCCUCUCAGCACUCUGCGCAUCCAUCGCUAGCAUUCAUCGCGAUGCCGUCAUUGGACCACAAACCAUAGCUGUUGCUGCAGCCUUCUACACAGCCUCGAGAGAAAGCUUUCAACUCUAUGAGGACAUUGAUGUUGAACACCCGGACUCAUCAUCCUUAUCAAUCCGUUCACUUCAUUCCAGCGCCAUUCAGCAGUUGACCGGCAAGUCUCAACUGGCACAUCGUGUCGUCGGCCAAGCGAGGCUGCUAGCACUAGAUCUAAGACUCUACGACGAGACAAGUCUGGCGAGUUAUCCGCCUUUAGAAGCACAGCUACUCCGAAACAACUUUUUGCAUCUCCUGACUUCGGAUCAUACAGCUGCUGCUCUAGGGACUCGACCACAUCUGUUGCGCGAGGCUCUAUUCGAUACCGGCUUCACCUUGAACCCCUAUCAGCAAGAACCAUCGCCUAUGUUGGAUUACGGAAGACACGAAAACUCACCACAGCUUGAGAAGCAAGUUCUCGAUGGCUUCUACAUGGGAUGUCGCAUGAGGCACAUUGCAGCAAAGUUGAUGUGGGCAUUGAGGUCAAAGUCGCGGGACGACCCUUAUGUAGAGAACCAUGACUGCAGCGUUGCUUCUGUCAGUGAUUUGCCAGACAUGUGGCACGAGUUUUCCCACAUCUUGGACGAUUAUAACCCAACCUUGCCACCAGAAGACGGCGAGAAUCUUGCUUCAUCGCAGCUGGAUUUUGUCAGACAGUAUCGGACUGGGACCCUGUUCACGCAGACUACCCAGCUCCGGAUCGCUAUGCACGCCUUGAGGAUGGUUAUAUUACGACACUGCAUCGCCUACAAUGUAGCUGGGUUUCUGGGGCCAGACUGGAGUGAUGAAUCGCUGCUUGUCAGUCGAGUGGUUGAGGGAGGUCGUGACUUUGUCAACACUCUGAUUGAGUUACCAGUCCACCACUUGCAGGUCAUGGGAGAGCCAUGGAUCGAGCAGAUACGGCUAGUAGGGAGUGUGUUGUUGGAGCUGUCGCAGAACCAGGACGGUCAUGUAAAGGAGGAAGCAGGCAUUCAACUGACGCGUCUCGUUGAUGUUCUAUCCAGGCUAAAUUCGAAAGCAACCGAUGAGCGUGUGUUUAAGGGUGUUUAA